ACUAGCGUAGAGCAGGCCUAGCCGCUUCCUCCGAGCCUCGGGCUGAAGUGAGAGCGUAGCCGGCCCAGGGUGAAGGGCAGGCGGCGAAGCGUCGGAGGCCUGAUGCGACACUUUUCGAGGACAAGGAAAGCCAGGAGAGGUUUGGUUGAGGGGGGAAGGCGGAGAGUCCAUAUCCCCAUUGCAGCGGGUGGUAAAAAUGGCCACCAAAAGCCAGCCGCACCAAAGGCCCUGGAGGAAGGGGACGAGCCAGCCAGAGAGAGAUGAGGCGCUUGAAUGCGUGGGCCGGCAGCUGGCUGAGCCAGGCAAGUUUGCCUAUGCGGCUCUCUGUGCCAUAUCGCUGGCAUCCUUGUUUCCUGAACCAGAAGACAGCUCCUAUAGGACAGAAGUUAUUGAAAGCCUGGUGAAGUGGCUGGACCUCUCUGAAGGCGUCUUGCCUGCCAUGCUGGCGUUUGCUGGUGGCUUGGGAGGUGAGGGGACGGACACCUUUGCUCAGAUCCUCUUGAAGGAGCCCCUCUUGGAAGAGAACCCCAAGAUCAUCACUCAGGAUCUCAUGUCUUUUUCUCUAAAGGACGGCCGCUAUGACGCCCGAGCGCGAGUGCUCCUUGCUCACAUCACCUGGCUGCUAAGGAUUCCUUUGGUCGAGUUGGAGGCCUUGGAGGAACAUCUCCUGGAGUGCUUGAAUGAAGAGGAAGAGGAGGAGUCCGAGACGGCAGAGGCAUCACGGAAGAAGAAAGAGAGAAGGAAACGACUGAAGAGGUACCUGCUGAUUGGCCUGGCAACUGUUGGAGGCGGGACAGUGAUAGGUCUGACGGGGGGCCUUGCUGCCCCUCUGGUGGCAGCCGGAGCAGCAACCAUUAUUGGAAGUGCCGGCGCGGCCGCCCUGGGCUCAGUUGCUGGGAUCGCUGUGAUGGCAUCGCUGUUUGGUGCUGCAGGAGCCGGACUGACAGGGUACAAAAUGAAGAAGCGUGUGGGGGCCAUCGAGGAGUUUGAAUUCCUCCCGUUAACAGAAGGGAAGCAGUUGCACAUCACGAUUGCCAUCACUGGCUGGCUGUCAACGGGGAAGUUCGGGAGUUUUACGGCUCCAUGGAGCAGCUUGCUACAGUCCAAAGAACAAUAUUGCUUAGCCUGGGAGUCCAAAUACCUCAUGGAUCUGGGCAAUGCCCUUGACUCUCUCUGGAAUGGAUUAGUUAACAUGAUGGCCCAGGAAGCCCUGAAAUACACUGUCUUGGCAGGCAUCGUCACAGCCCUCACCUGGCCUGCCUCGCUGCUCACAGUCGCCAGCGUUAUUGACAACCCCUGGGGUGUGUGUUUGCAUCGCUCGGCAGAAGUAGGCAAACAUCUGGCCCAGAUUCUGCUCAGCCGGCAGCAGGGCAGGCGUCCGGUGACGUUGAUCGGCUUCAGUCUGGGCGCCAGAGUUAUUUACUUCUGCCUCCAGGAGAUGGCCAAGGAGAAAGACUGUCAAGGGAUCAUUGAAGACGUGGUCCUGCUGGGGGCACCCGUGGAAGGAGAGGCCAAGUCCUGGAAGCCAUUCACCAAGGUCGUUGCGGGCAAAAUCAUCAAUGGCUACUGCAGGGGGGACUGGCUGCUGGGCUUCGUAUACCGGACAUCCUCUGUUCAGCUCAACGUCGCCGGACUUCAGCCAGUGGCCCUGGACGACAGGAGGAUGGUGAACAUGGAUCUCUCAUCUGUUGUGAGCGGCCACUUGGACUACAUGAAGCAGAUGGACACGAUCCUGAAGGCCGUGGGCAUCAAGACCAAGCAAUGCCGUCUGGAGGAGGGGGGCACUCUGGCCGUUCUCUCCCCCAAAGUCACGGAGAGCCAGGAUCAGGCCCUGCAGAACGAUGCCCCUGCGGAGCCUAGCUCGCUGGGGCAAGAAGAGAACGCAGAUGUUGUCCACGAUGCCCCCUGGUCGUGGGAGCCAGUUUCCAGUCACGAACUAUGCCUGAGGGACUCAGCCCAGGCAAGGGUUUCUGAUCCGAGAGAGAGCUUAGAAGCCCGGGAGCAGCAGAAGUUGCCCAGCCGAGAAGAGCCUUUCUCCACUAACUCUUCCCACCCCUCUGAUUAUUCUCAGACAACUGAUCGUGGCACCUCCAAUCCUCUUUCCCCAACGUCCAGGUGAUGCAGCACAGCAUGAUGGUAACUGUAGUCUUGGCACGGACCGUUCCAGAUGUCGCUGCCUACAGGACAGAAACCUCCCAAAAUGCUUCCCAUGGGGCACAUUAACGAAUUUCUAUGCGAGUUCAGGCCAGCUGUUUUGAUUGGCAUUCUGCCCCUGGCAAUUUGCUGAUUUCAUAAAGUGUUUCUUGAUGUGACCGCGAUCCCUGGUCAGUAGAAAGUACCCUGCACCUGACCGUGAGACUCUGCGAUUACCCGUUGGGGUGUGACGGUCCUCUUCAUGAAUUUGUCUCACCCUUUAAAAAACUAUUUCAGCCUACCGGUUCUGGCCACCUCUUUUGGCAGUGAAUUCCAUAAGUUAAGUGCAUGUUCUACAAAGAAGUGCUUCCUUUUGUCCGUGCUGAAGCUACUGCUAGUCUGUUUCAUUGUAUUGGUGGUAGAAAGUGGUUAUGCGCUGAUCUGCCUUUGCAUACCCAGAGAAACAAAGGCUGCCUGAAGGAGAAACGCUGGCGUGUAAUUAAGAACGUGGUAGUGGUGGUGGUGGAGAGUGCUGUCAAGUCAUAGCUGACUUACGGCGACCCCUAGUGGGGUUUUCAAGGCAGGCGACGAACAGAGAUGGUUCGCCAUUGCCUGCCUCUGCAGCCCUGGUCUUCGCUGGAGGUCUCCCAUCCAGUUACUAACCAGGACUGACCCUGCUUAGCUUCUGAGAUCUGGCAAGAUCAGGCUUGCUGGGACUAUCCAGGCCAGGGCACAUUGUUUUAGUUUUUUAAAAAGGGCAUACACUGGAGAUUUAAGAAGGUCUGGAUAAAAAAAAAAUCUAUUUAUUUUCAAAUUUGUGCGUUGAGAAGGAACAAUGGAAAAUGUGGGAGCCCGCACCAGGAAGGGCUGGGAGCAGAUCACAUCCCGGAAUAAAGCGGAUUCCAGGCACUUCGGGCCGCUUCUCUCAAGCCUCCCUUCCUGCUUUUUAGGCCCAAAACUCGGGGCACAAUCCAUCAAGAAGGCCACCAGUCCAGAUUUCGGUAGGGCUUGCAAGGGAGGAUGUGAUGCCCCACCCCCCCAAUAGUUUCCUCCUGUAGCCCCAGAAGGAGGCGCCUGGGAACUUUCAGAAACAUUCCAUUGGGUUCAGAGAGCAGAUGAGGAGUUGGGCUGUUCGCUUACUCAGCAUAGACAUGUGACUUGAAUGGCGGAUCUGAUGACAACUGUUUUCUGCACAC